AUGGCUUCCAGAGAACGAGGUACACUUCGAAGCUCUAUGGUUGGAUCAACCAUCGCUCCACCAGUUGUCUCACCGGCUCCAGCACCAUCAGCUCCAGCACCACCUGCUUCUGACCCAGUGGGUUUAUCAUCAUCAACUUCAGGUUCAUCGUUCUUAGAUUCACCACCACUUGAUUCACCAGUACUUGAUCCACCAGUACUUGAUCUACCACCUUGUUGGGUAAUAACUUAG